GCUGUAUUCAAGUUUUCACUUGAUAAUUUGAUAGUCCCGAUACCGCGAUACCAAUUACCAAUAAUAAUAAAAUGGUUUGGAUAGUGUUUUGGAGAAGAACGUGUGAUAAAGCGAAAGAUAACAAAAAGUUCGCUUAACCUCCACUACUGUUAGCCGAGACGAAGUAUUUAAAAUCUUUGAAGGAGCUGAAAAUUUCCGACAAUAUCGCCAUCAUGUAAAACUGUGAUCUUAUUUAUAUCAUUCCUCUUAUCCUAUCACAACUAUCAUAACUUUAGAGCAAUACAUGAUAGCAUAUGUUAUGGCAUAGAUUAUGAAGCUUUAAUGUAAUUGAAAACCAAAGAAUUAUGCAAGCAAAGAGACGGUACUUACUGGUCUGUUUAGUAGCAUUCCUAACAUUCUGCUAUUUUGGUGGUUAUCAUUUUCGGGGUAGCCAAGAUAUCCUGCUAGAUAUUGAAGAGUUAGCUAGCUAUAUAAGCCUAAACACAAUAGAUACUGGCUAUCUAGUUAGAGGAAGAGAAAGUAACUUGAUAGAUGAUAAAAAAAACUGUGGAAUGGAAACAUGUUUUGACUUUAGCAAAUGUGAGAAAGACUUCAGAGUAUAUGUAUAUCCUCAGGAGGACAGCAGUAUGCCUAGUCCGUCCUAUCUUAAACUGCUCAAUGUCCUGCUAGAAUCUAGAUAUUAUACUGCUGAUCCCAGAGAAGCUUGCAUUUUUGUACUAAGUAUUGACACACUGGAUAGAGAUCGCUUGAGUAAUGAUUAUGUCAGAAAUAUGCAGAGUAAACUACAACGCUUACCUCAUUGGAAUAAUGGCCUUAAUCAUGUCAUAUUCAACCUGUACUCUGGUACCUGGCCAAACUACACAGAAAAUGACUUGGAUUUUGAUUAUGGGAAAGCUAUUUUAGCAAAAGCCAGCAUGUCAGAGAACCAUGUAAGGGCUGGCUUUGACAUUAGCAUCCCUUUGUUCCACAAAGUGCACCCUGCAAAAGGGGGUGAACCAGGGGCUCCUUCUGCUAAUAACUUUCCUUUAGAGAAGACCUAUUUGUUGGCCUUCAAAGGCAAAAGAUAUGUACAUGGGAUUGGAUCUGACACAAGAAACUCACUCUAUCAUUUGCAUAACAGGAAAGAUAUCAUCAUGGUCACCACUUGUAGGCAUGGAAAAAGCUGGAAAGAUAUGAAAGAUGAUAGGUGUGAUGAGGACAAUAAGGAAUAUGACAAAUAUGACUAUGAAACACUACUGCAAAAUUCUACAUUUUGCUUGGUACCACGUGGUAGAAGAUUGGGCUCCUUCAGGUUCCUAGAAGCUCUGCAAGCUGGAUGCAUUCCAGUUCUGUUGUCCAAUAGCUGGUCAUUGCCAUUUUCCCAAGUCAUUGAUUGGAACAAAGCUGCAGUAUGGGCAGAUGAACGUUUGUUAUUACAGGUUCCUCACAUAGUUCGUUCCCUGGCACCCAAUAAGAUUCUGCAGCUGAGACAACAAACUCAAGUUCUCUGGGAUAGAUACUUUUCUUCUAUAGAAAAAAUUGUCCAUACAACACUAGAAAUAAUCCGAGAAAGACUUCCAAAGCAGCCAAUCAGGGAUGGAACGGUGUGGAAUAAUUUUCCAGGAGCCCUAGUGACGCUGUCUACUUAUUCAGACUCCCCUGAAGACUUCCCUUUUUAUUCAGAAAAAGAUGAAAGAAUGGGAUUCACAGCUGUGAUAUAUUGUCAGCUGGGAAACCCCUUAUCUUCUAACUCCCCACUCUACCGGUUGGUUACUUAUGUGGGUAAAAGCAAAUAUGUAGCAAAGAUUUUGAUUGUUUGGUCCAGUGAGAAGAGACCUGCAAGUAGAAACAGAUGGCCAGGCUUGCCUCUACAAGUUCCCCUUCACAUCAUCCAGGCGAGCGCCAACUCCAACAUAGGCAACGAACAGGCCAAGUCCAGCAUCUCCCAAAGAUUCUACACCCACAAGGAAAUCGAAACUGAAGCGAUAUUAUCCUUGGACGAGGACACGAUAUUGACCACGGACGAGAUCGACUUCGCGUUCACCGUAUGGAAGCAAUUCCCCGACAGGAUAGUAGGCUACCCCGGCCGGUCGCAUUACUGGGACGACUCCAAGUCCACUUGGGGGUACACUUCGAAGUGGACCAACGAUUACUCCAUCGUGCUGACGGGAGCCGCGUUCUACCACCGGUACUACAAUUACCUUUACACCGAGUGGCUGAGUCCGUUGUUGCACAAAACCGUGGAGCAGAGCCAGAAUUGCGAGGACAUUUUGAUGAACUUUCUGGUGAGCCAUGUGACGCGCAGGCCGCCAAUCAAAGUCACCCAGAGGAAGCAGUACAAGGAACAGCCUAGCGCCGGUAGUUGGUCGCCUUGGAACGAUCCUGAUCACUUUAUCCAGAGACAGACGUGCUUGAAUACGUUUGCAGCUGUUUUUGGUUAUAUGCCUCUAUUGAGGUCGAAUUUGAGGUUGGAUCCUGUCCUGUUCAAGGACCCUGUUUCCAACAAAAGGAAAAAGUAUCGGAGGAUCGAACUGGUGGGCAGCGAAAAUCUGAAUUCAUGUAUCAGGAGUGCAGAAAUGAGAACAGGUAUUGAGAUGUUUAUCGAAAAUGCAAAUUCGAGUUUCAAACAGGAUAAAGUCGAGAUUCGUGUAUAUAAGGAGAGCAGAAACGAGCAGAGGACAGCAGAAAUGCAAAAGGGUAUUGCGAGUUCUCUAUGGAAAGAGCAAAAUCCGAAUCCAAAGGCGACAAAAAUCUCGAUUCGAGUAUCAGGAGGGCAGAAAUUAAGUGGUAUUGAAAAUACGAAAUCCGAUUUCAAAAAGGUAAAAAUCUAG